CACUUUAUACAACUAAAGUAUGAAAGUCAGCUUCAUCAGGAGAAUGAAGAUCCUUGCCUUGCUUUGGCUUUUUGGUAUCGGCUUUGCUGAUUUAUGUGUAAUUCCUCAUGAUGCCACCAAUAUUGCUAGACAAGGCAUAGCAGAGCAGUCUUCUCCCUUUGGAAACCACGGACUUCCAAACCUGGCUAUAGAUGGGAAAAGAAGUGGCGUCUGGAAUGACGGUACCUGCACCCACACCAGCAAUGACUCUCCCUCCUGGUGGAGAUUGAAUCUGAAGGCCAGCCACGCCAUCUCUGUGGUGGUGGUCUACAACAGACUGGACUGCUGUGACACGAGGUUGACGGGGGCUGAAGUCCGAGUUGGUGAAACACCUGAUGUCGCAACACAUGUCAAAUGUGGCACAAUUGAGGCAACUUCUCCUGGGUCUGUUCACACCAUCUGCUGUAAUGGAAAGAGAGGUCAGUUUGUCAGUGUUGUCCUGCCAAAUCAGCCUCAGCAUCUGACACUCUGUGAAGUGGAGGUCUAUGGAGAAGAAAUGGUCUCACCCUGCACACCUGCGUUAAAUGCAGUCAAUAUUGCUAGACAAGGCAUAGCAGAGCAGUCUUCUCCCUUUGGAAACAUCGGACUUCCAAGCCAGGCUAUAGAUGGGAAAAGAAGUGGCGUCUGGAAUGACGGUACCUGCACCCACACCAGCAAUGACUCUCCCUCCUGGUGGAGAUUGAAUCUGAAGGCCAGCUACACCAUCUCCACUGUGGUGGUCUACAACAGACUGGACUGCUGUGACACCAGGCUGACGGGGGCUGAAGUUCGAGUUGGUGACUCACCUGAUGUCUCAAAGCAUGUCAGAUGUGGCACAAUUGAGGCAACUGCUCCUGGGUCUGUUCACACCAUCUGCUGUGAUGGAAAGAGAGGUCAGUUUGUCAGUGUUGUCCUGCCAAAUCAGCCUCAGUAUCUGACACUCUGUGAAGUGGAGGUCUAUGGAGAAGAAAUGGUCUCACCCUGCAAACCUGCGUUAAAUGCAGUCAAUAUUGCUAGACAAGGCAUAGCAGAGCAGUCUUCUCCCUUUGGAAACAUCGGACUUCCAAGCCAGGCUAUAGAUGGGAAAAGAAGUGGCGUCUGGAAUGACGGUACCUGCACCCACACCAGCAAUGACUCUCCCUCCUGGUGGAGAUUGAAUCUGAAGGCCAGCUACACCAUCUCCACUGUGGUGGUCUACAACAGACUGGACUGCUGUGACACCAGGCUGACGGGGGCUGAAGUUCGAGUUGGUGACUCACCUGAUGUCUCAAAGCAUGUCAGAUGUGGCACAAUUGAAGUGACUUUUCCUGGAUCUGUUCACACCAUCUGCUGUAAUGAUCUGAUUGGCCAAUAUGUCAGCGUUGUCCUGCCUAACCAACCUCAAUACUUGACCCUCUGCGAAGUGGAGGUCUAUGGAGAAGCUGUUACCCCAGAGUGUAAACCUGGACUAAAUGCAAUCAACAUUGCAAGACAAGGUACUGCAGAGCAGUCCUCUCCGUAUUUAGACUUUGGAGGUCCAAAUCUGGCCAUAGAUGGGAAAAGAAGUGGCGUCUUCAGUGACUGGACCUGUACCCACACCUCCAAUGACUCUCCAUCCUGGUGGAGACUGAAACUAAAGGCCAGCUACGACAUCUCCACAGUGGUGGUCUACAACAGACUGGACUGCUGUGACACAAGGCUGAUGGGAGCUGAAGUUCGAGUUGGUGACUCACCUGAUGUCUCAAAGCAUGUCAAAUGUGGCGUAAUUGAGACAACUUCUCCUGGGUCUGUUCACACCAUCUGCUGUAAUGGAAAGAGAGGUCAGUUUGUCAGCAUUGUCCUGCCCAACCCUGAUCAUCUGACACUCUGUGAAGUGGAGGUCUAUGGUGAAGAAGUCGUCCCACCCUGCAAACCUGCUUUAAAUGCAAUCAAUAUUGCUACAGGAGGUCUAGCAGAGCAGUCUUCUCAAUAUGCACAUGGAGGAGCUCCAGACCUGGUCAUAGAUGGCAAAAGAAAUGCUGACAGUUUUAAUAGAAGCUGCAGCCAAACUGAAAUCACCUAUCCGUCUUGGUGGAGAGUCAAUCUGAAGGCUGUCUAUGCCGUCUCCGCAGUAGUUGUCUACAACAGACAGGACUGCUGUGACAUGCAGCUUUUGGGGGCUGAAGUCCGAGUUGGUGCUACGCCAGAUGUCUCGGAUCACAUCAUAUGUGGCACAAUUGAGGCAGUGUAUCCUGGAUCUGUUCACACCAUCUGCUGUAAUGAAAUGAAAGGCCAAUAUGUCAGCGUUGUCCUACCCAACCGAGCGGAUUAUUUGUCCCUCUGUGAAGUGGAGGUCUAUGGAGAAGCCAUCACUCCAGAGUGUAAACCUGAACCAAACGCAAUCAAUAUUGCUAAACAAGGCACUGCAGAUCAGUCUUCUUACUAUUUAUACCUCGGCUUUCCAAGCCAUGUCAUAGAUGGGAAUAGAAAUGGUAUCUUCCGUAAGGGGAGCUGCACCCACACUCAGAAGGACACUCCAUCCUGGUGGAGAGUGAAUCUGAAAGCUACCUACGCUGUCUCCACAGUGGUGGUCUACAACAGAGAGGAUUGUUGUGAUAGUAUACUGAUGGGGGCUGAAAUCCGAGUGGGUGACUCACGUGACGUCUCAAAGCAAGUGAAAUGUGGCACAAUCACUGCAGUUUACCCCGGAUCUGCUCACACCAUCUGCUGUUACGGAAUGAAAGGCCAAUUCGUCAGCGUUGUGCUGCCUAACCAGUACUUGACGCUAUGUGAAGUGGAGGUCUACGGAGAACCAGUUCCCACAGAAUGUGCACCUGCACGAAAUGCCAUCAAUCUUGCUAGACGGGGUACUGCAGAGCAGUCUUCUUUCUAUGGAAGCAUGGGAGCUGCAAACCAUGCCAUAGAUGGCAGAACAGAUGGUGACUUUAAUUACAGGAGCUGCACCCAUACUGGACUUGAAUCUUCACCCUGGUUGAGAGUAAACCUGAGGGCCACCUACGCCAUUUCCUCGGUGGUGGUCUACAACAGACAGGACUGCUGCGAUGGCAGGUUGAAUGGGGCUGAAAUCAGAAUUGGUGACUCGCCUGAUGUCUCAGAACAUGUCAGAUGUGGAACAAUUGAGGCCACCUACCCUGGAUCUGUUCACACCAUCUGCUGUCAUGGAAGGAGAGGCCAAUAUGUCAGCGUUGUCCUGCCAAACCAGCCUCAGUAUUUGACACUCUGUGAAGUGGAGGUCUAUGGAGAAGCAAGUGACUGACUCAAGGAAUUUGGCUCAACAGAUAUUUCAGGCUGAACACCAGCAAAGAUAACCAAAAUUCUUCAGUGGCCUGCAUACCGAGACAACAAAACUGCACAUCGGGAGCUUGCAUGUUGACCCAUCAGGUUUUUCCUGCUUCCCUCCUGUCAUUUUAUGAACACAUUAAAAAUAAAUCUGCACAUUG